AUGGGAUUGUUCUUGCUAGUUGUUAGAGAUAGUGAAAAUACUGAGGUGGUGGAGCAUGUUAGAAGCGCGCUUGAUUGCGAUGUAGUUGACAAAAGAAUAGGCUACGAUGGUAUUAUUGUUAUUGGAGGUGAUGGGAGUGUUCUGAGGGCAGUUUCAUGUUAUGAUGAUCCUCCUAUUAUUUAUGCAGUCAACCGUGGAAAGGUUGGGUUUCUAUGCCCAAUCCCAUAUGACAAGCUGGAUGUACUGUUAUACAAGCUUGUGAGUGGAGAACAGAUCAGCAUGAAACAAUCCAUAAGGUUGUGUUUUGUAGGGAAAAGACACUUUCUGAAUGAGGCAAUAAUAAGAUCACAGGUGCCACGACUGAAUACAUUUCGGAUUUGCAUAAACAGCGUGUCGUUUAUACUAAGAGGAGAUGCUGUGAUUGUAUCUACACGCACAGGAAGUAGUGGAUACAAUGCAUCUGCAGAUGGACCGUUACUUCUUAUGGAUGGGAUUGUGAUUAAUGUUGUUGCACCAAAUAGAUGUGCAUUCAGACCGAUUGUGUGUAGUAUUGAAAGCAAGAUUAGUAUUGAGAUUGAUUCGGAUCCUCAGGUCAUCCUUGAUGGAAUAGUGUAUGAAGAGGCAGGAAGUCAUGAGAGAAUGUUUGACAUAUUUUAUAAUGGGUCUAUGGUGAGGUUUGGGUAUCUGAAUGAUUAUGAUGAGUCUAGGCAGAUUGAAGGGUUGUUUAUGCUAAAUGCAGGACCUGUGUUAAGCUUGGAAUAG